AGUCUAACUUCCAAGUCCUCGAUCAAAUGAAUCGGCACACUAAUCCCAAUCUCCAUGUCAAUUCAGUACAGAGUUUAGUCUUCGACCGGGACUCUAAGCCUAAGCACAAUUCAUAGGAUAUUCCCCACAAAUUGCGCAGACUGGACUCGGUUUAAACCCAAAAAAAUUCAGUAUCUAAUCUCUCAAGGGAUCUAUUUAAGCCACCUGAACUCCAGUCUCCAUUGCAUUGCAUCGCUUCGCUUUGCAGGCUCUGCUUCUCAAGUUGUUGGGGGGAAAGAAACAGGGGAGAGAGAAGCAGAGAAGUGCAAGCGACAUGUCGGGGGCUCGCCGGCGCCUGAGCAGCCUGGUUGCGCUCGCCGUGCUCCUUGCCGCCGCGGCGACGAGAGCCGAUGCUGGGCCCGGGGUGACGAGCGAGUACCGGCGGAAGCUGGAGGCCACGGUGGACAUGCCGCUCGACGCCGACGUCUUCCGCGUGCCGCCGGGCUACAAUGCUCCUCAGCAGGUGCACAUCACGGUGGGCGACCAGACGGGCACGGCGAUGAUCGUGUCGUGGGUGACGGAGAACGAGCUGGGCAACAGCACGGUGAUGUACGGCGGCGCGCCGGACAAACUGGAGUGCCAUGCGCAGGGCACGCACACGCGCUACGACUACUUCAACUACACCUCGGGGUUCAUCCACCACUGCACACUCAAGAACCUCAAGCAUAGCACCAAGUACUUCUACGCCAUGGGGUUCGGGCACACGGUGAGGACGUUCUGGUUCACCACCCCUCCCAAGCCGGGGCCUGAUGUACCGUUCAAGUUCGGGCUCAUUGGCGACCUUGGGCAGACGUUCGACUCCAACAGCACGCUGUCGCACUACGAGGCCAACGGCGGCGACGCCGUCCUCUUCAUGGGCGACCUCUCCUACGCCGACGACCACCCGCUGCACGACAACAACCGGUGGGACACGUGGGCCCGCUUCGUCGAGCGCAGCGUCGCCUACCAGCCCUGGAUCUGGACCGCCGGCAACCACGAGCUGGACUUCGCCCCGGAGCUCGGCGAGGAGAAGCCGUUCAAGCCCUUCACCCACCGCUACCCGACACCGUACCGCGCCGCCGGCAGCACGGAGCCGUUCUGGUACUCGGUCAAGCUGGCCUCGGCGCACGUCAUCGUUCUGUCCUCCUACUCGGCCUACGGCAAGUACACGCCGCAGUGGAUGUGGCUGCAGGGCGAGCUCAAUCGCGUGGACCGGAAGGUCACGCCAUGGCUCAUCGUGCUCGUGCACUCGCCCUGGUACAACAGCAACAACUACCACUACAUGGAGGGCGAGACGAUGCGAGUGCAGUUCGAGCGCUGGCUCGUCGACGCUAAGGCCGACCUCGUCCUCGCCGGCCACGUCCACUCGUACGAGCGCAGCCGCCGUGUCUCCAACAUCGACUAUGACAUCGUCAACGGCAAGUCCACGCCCAUCCGCAACCUCAACGCCCCCGUCUACGUCACCAUCGGCGACGGCGGCAACAUCGAGGGCAUCGCCAACAACUACACGCAGCCACAGCCGAGCUACUCGGCGUUCCGGGAGGCCAGCUUCGGGCACGCCACCUUCGAGAUCAAGAACCGGACGCACGCCUACUACGCGUGGCACCGCAACCACGACGGCGCCAAGGUCGUCGCCGACGGCGUCUGGUUCACCAACAGGUACUGGAUGCCCACCGAUGACUCCGACUGAUCACACGUGCGUCGUGAUCGAUCCAUGGAAACAUCGGUCCAGUUGCUGCACAAUUCGAUCGAGUUGUUCUUUGCACACCUUUAAAUUUCUGUUUGUUUUCGGUUGAAGCAGAUACACGUGCGAGCUUGCAAGUGUAGUCAGUUCUUUCUCUCUUUUUCAUUUUCUGAGAUCACUGUAAGCUGUUUCUAAUGUUCUUUUGUAUACCAGCUCUUAAACAUAUUUACGCAAAAAUCUAAAAGUAGAUAAUAUAUAUGAUGGUAUUUAUCGA